GCCAUAGAAAGUAUAUAUGUACCUGUACAUAACAAUUUCUAAAAGUCCCUUAAACAAAUUACUAAUACAGUUUCUUUUUUCUAGCUUUCUGACCACCGAAUGGGCUGGCAGUACCAUAGAACUUAACUCCGAUCUUCGAAGAAAUGAAGUUGAUACUUUUUACUAUCGCCGUAAACCUUAUCGUGUAAUCGAAAAGAAUGGACGUGAGAAUGUCUCAUUUAAAAAGAUUCCCGAAAAAUCAUGGCGUUAUAUAAGAGAUUUUGUAACAACAUUGAUUGAAUUAGAUUGGAAAUAUAUGUUGACCAUGUUUAUUGGUAGUUAUUUUCUAAGUUGGACAUUUUUCGCUAUACUCUGCUAUAUGGUGGCCUUUUCCCAUGGCGAUCUAAUGUUUGACGAGGUCACGGGUGAACGUUUGGGUGAGGGCAAAGAUCCUUGCAUAAUUGGUGUUUAUGAUUUUACUUCCAUGUUUAUAUAUUCGAUUGAAACACAAACUACCAUUGGUUUUGGUGAAAAAUAUCCCAGUGAAGAGUGUCCGGAGACAAUGUUUUUAUUUAUUUUACAAAUAAUCGUUUCCAUAGCCAUAGAAGGAGGUAUGAUAAGUAUAAUUUAUGCUAAAACAGCUAGACCAGCUAAGCAAUUAACUAAAUUGAAAUUUAGUGAUAAGGCAGUGAUUUGUCAUCGUGAUGGUAAACUAUGUUUACUAUUUCGUGUCUGUGAUCCGAGAGAACAACAAACUAUAGAAUCGAAAAUACGUGUCUAUAUGAUUAUCGAUAAACCUACCAAAGAAGGUGAAUUACUUAAAACCCAUACCGAAUUGAAAUUGGAAAAUAAAGGUCAACAAAUAAUUGUAUGGCCCGAAAUUGUUUGUCAUGUUAUCGAUGAAACCUCACCACUAGCUCACUUUAAAUGUGCUAAAGAUGUUACCAGUGCUCAAUUUGAAUUGUAUGUUAGUAUUGUUGGUGUUUCGGCUGCCACCGCUCAAGUAACCGAAGCUAGAACUUCCUAUGUACCGAGAGAGAUCUUUUGGGGUCAACGUUUUAUAAAUAUUAUCAAAUACGAUAGUUUAAAUGAACGUUAUGUUAUCGAUUAUGGUAAUUUUAAUACAACAAUAUCGGUUGAUAUGACAACUCAGGAUCUGGAUAAAAUAGAGGAAAUUGAAUAAACACAAUAAUAACAAUAAAGAUAUCCUAUCCAAAAAUAAUAUUAUUAGAUCAAAUAUAUAAUCUGUAGUUUAAAUGCCGAUAAAAAGUAUUAUAGAAUUAUGCAAUAAAAAGUAUAAACUUUGUUAA